AUGGUACGGAUACUGCUAAGACAUUUCACAACUAGAUCUAUGUUAAGAUCUUCUUAUAAUCCAAUUAAAAGAAAGACAUUAGCUGAUAUAAGCGAUUUAUAUGAAAAUGGUAAACCUAUUGCAAUGGUAACAUCUCAUGAUUUUAUAACUUCAAAAAUGGUAGAACAUGCAAAGAUAGAUAUAAAUUUAAUUGGUGAUUCAUUAGCGAAUACAACUUUAGGAUAUCAAGAUACAAAUGAAUUAACAUUAGAUGAAUUUUUAUAUCAUGUUAAAUCGGUACAACGAGGAAAUUCACAUUCAUUUUUAGUUGCAGAUUUACCAUUUGGAUCAUUUGAAAAAUCGUUAGAACAAGCUAGUGAAACUUGUAUUAAAUUAGUUCAACAAGGAAACAUACAAGCUAUUAAAAUUGAAGGUGGUCAAAGUGAAAAUUUACCAGUUAUUAAAAAAAUCAUAUCUAUGGGUAUUCCAGUAAUGGGUCAUGUUGGAUUAACACCACAACGUCAUAAUGAACUAGGUGGAUAUAAAUUACAAGGUAAAACUUUGGAAAGUUGUCUCAAGAUCUAUAAUGAAUGUUUAAAUUUAGAGAAAAUUGGUGUUUUUGCAAUUGUAUUAGAAUGUAUUCCAAAUAAAUUAAGUCAGUUAAUAACAGAGAAGUUAUCAAUUCCAACAAUAGGUAUUGGAGCUGGUCCAUAUACUUCUGGUCAAGUAUUAGUGGUUAGUGAUUUGUUAGGGAUGAAAGAUUGUCAUCAAGCUAAAUUUGUUAAAAAAUACCAAGAUUUCUUCAAACUGGGAGUAGAGGGAUUAUCUCAAUAUAAAGAAGAAGUGGAAAGUGGUCAGUUCCCAGAAUUAGAUUCUCAUGGUUAUAAAAUGAAGAAAGAUUUAUAUGAUGAAUUGAAAAAAAUUAUAUAA